AUGUCGUCAACCGACUCCCCCGAGGGGAUACCAUCCCGCCCUCGUCGCCUCACAGAGCGACUGUCUGCACUCAUGGCUGCUGCUGAGCUACCGUCGGUAUCGCAAUGGAUUAACGAUGACGUCCGACCUGUGGAGAAGGAAAGGAGGACAUGGAACCUGAGGUCAUUUCACGAUCUUUGGCUUGUCAUCAACUGCAACACGACAACCUUCAUAACUGGAAGUGCACUCAUUCCACUCGGCCUUUCCUGGUGGCAAGCCGUCAUUUGCAUCGUCGUCGGGAAUUUGAUUGCUUUGGCUGCGAUUCUUGCCAGUUCCACAGCAGGGUCCCGAUAUCACAUCGGGUUUCCUGUCAUUAGUCGAUCAGUUUGGGGCAUGUGGGGAUCUCAGUUCACCAUCUGGAACCGCAUAUUCCUUUCUAUUGUUUGGUCAGUGUAUGCCUCUCAGUCAUGGACUGGAGGACAGUGCUUCCAUUUGAUUGUCCUGGCCUUGGACCCCAAAGUCGACCAACACAUUCCCAAUACCAUGCCGCGACGGGCGCACUUGACGACGGCCCGCUUCAUGUCAUACGUAAUUUUCUGCGUUAUCAGCCUCCCGUUCAUAUGGAGUCGACCUCAUAGGCUGCAGUGGUUUUUGAACAGCACAUCACUCGUUGCGCUCGUCUUUUACAUCGCCCUUUUGAUCUGGGCCCUCGCCACCAUGGGGCCAAGCGGAUUCGGAAGCACGAUUACAGAGGACAAACCAAACCCCCCUAGCGGCCCUAAUAGCACCGCGUGGGUCAUGGUCUCUGGUAUCGUCGCCACUGUCGGUUCGAUUGCGGCCGGAAUUCUGAACCAGAGCGAUUAUACACGCCUGGCUCGCAAGCCGCGAGAUGCAAAAUGGGGCCAAAUCAUUGCAUACCCAAUUUAUAGUAUUGGCACUUCCAUCAUCGGCAUCUUGGUGGUAGCAGCCACGCAGGACCGUCUUGGCAAGGAGCACUGGUUUCUCCCAGGUCUCUUGGCGAGGGUUGUCCGCAAAUAUCCAACGCCAGGCGCUCGUGCUGGUGUCUUUUUUUCGGGCUUGGCAUUGACGUUCUCUCAGCUGGGAAGCAACGUUCUCGGCAACGCGCUGGCAGGAGGCAUUGACUUGUCGGCCGUCUUCCCGCGAUACAUCAAUAUUCGCCGCGGUGCCUAUAUCACAGCGAUCAUAAGCCCCAUUGUGAAUCCAUGGCGCAUGGUAGACACGGCAAGCAUUUUCAUCUCGGUCAUGUCUGCGUAUGGCGUGUUUCUGGCACCCAUGACAGGAAUUAUGGUCGCGAGCUAUUUUGUCGUUCACCGACAGAAGCUGGAUGUUGACGACCUGUUCCGGGGCGACCCAUCGAGCAAAUACUGGUACAGCCAUGGAGUGAACUGGAGAGCUCCGAUUUCUUGGGCACUCGGUGUCGGUCCAUGUUUGCCAGGCUUUGUAGCCUCGGUCAACAGCUCAGUCAACGUGCCGGAUAGCAUUCGAGAGCUGUACAUGACAAACUAUCUCUAUGGGUUCUUCUCGAGCGGCCUUGUGUUCGUGGCCCUACACAUGGUGUUCCCAGUGCGGGCGGUAGAUGAGUUUGUCAAGAAUGAAAUGACGGCUGCGGAGGUGCAACGCUACUUUGGCGAGCGUUGGGAUGUCAGCUUAGCGGAGUCGGGGCGAAUGGCAAUGGCGAAAUUCGAGGAUGAGGAGAAACAGGCGGAAGACAGCAGGUCAGACCGUCGAGGAGCAGAGCCAGUCAUGGUACCGGAUGCCAGUGAGAGGCGAAGACGCUCUAGGGAGGUCGAGGGACGGAGUGUAUAA